AUGGAGGGCUUCGAUACCAUGGCCAUGCCAUAUUUGGCCAGCCCGUUAUCACUGGGUAAUUUGCAAGGCACCGAUUAUCUCAAUGCGAUGUCUAAUCUGGAUCUUCCCGACCACCGGUCCAACUUUGAGUCCGAGACCUUCGUUAGUGAGGAUCUUACAUUCGCGCCUCCAAAUAUGUCACAUCAGCUGAGGCGGUUUCCUUCCGCAUACGAUGACCCUUUCACCGAGAUGGCGGCGCCUUUUGAACCAGCGCCCCAGGAACCAGCCCAGGACUCUUCGAUUGACCACAACAAUAAGCUCCUGAGCUUUUCACUACCUGUAUAUCAUUUCACGCUACUGGAUUAUUCAAUGCGGCGAACCUCGUUGUCGGUGUCGGCGCAGCUGCACGGGAUGUUCUUUCUGGCUGAGUCCCCCUACACAACAUCUCCGUCAGAUAACGCUCCACCACAACAAGGUGCCGAGUUGACAUGUUAUCGUCGCAAUCUGUUUCAAAUCACCGGAUCAGUAACCUUGCCUCGCGGGAUGCGUUAUAUCAUGACCGAUCAAGGCGACCGCAUCCCGAUCCUUGCUCAGGAACUCACCGUAUCGGCUACAGAAUCCGUGGAAGGGAACCCUGUGAAAAUUAUCUCCGUGCCAUGGAAAACGCCAUCCGCUGCCGCCGCCAAUUCUGGCAUAGUGCCCGAAGAGAACAACCCUAGUACUGGGGCCAAGGUCGAGAAGGAGCCUCCCCCAAUUCCUCUGGAUAUCAUGGCAGGACAGGAUUUGGACUCAGAUUACGCGACCUUCCCUAUUGCUUGGAAACGCCUGCAGUUUCGUGUUGCGACCGCCAACAACGGCCGCCGAAAGGAGCUACAACAACACUUUGUCGUCCGACUCAAGGUGGUCGCGACCUUGUCCACCGGAGCCAAAAUCCCCAUCUCAGAGGUGCAGUCAGGCCCCGUUAUCGUUCGUGGCCGCAGCCCACGUAACUUCCAGUCGCGCAAAGAUCUGCCACUCAGUGGGAGUGCCGCUGCUUCACGAAAGAAUGCCCAGGCCAACUCAAAUUCCACCGUAAAUCGCACACCCACUAGCGAUUCCGUUCCUCGUCGUGCCAGCGUGACUCCAGCCAAGACAAAACCAGCCGGCCAAAGCAGCUCCCCGGAAACAACGUCCGUUCCUCCGCCUAGCCUCGUGCCGCAGACACAAGCGACACCGGACUGGACUCCCAUCCCGCAGUCCACUUCAAACAAUGUUAUGUCUCACACUCAACAAACCAUGUUUCCGCAAUCCAGCCCAGAACAGCUCUCCCAGGCGACGGACUCACAACGCCGGGUUAGUUCCACAACCGCCGCCGCUGUAGCAAUCAAUUUGUCACUGUUGGACGAGGAAGAAGGGGGUGAUCCCAACCUUCGUCUUGAUUCAAAGAUGGCGCCCCCUUUCACCAGUGAGCUGUCACACCAGCGAUCCUUAAAUCUCGACCAGUCUGUUCCGCCUUCUAAGAUGCGCAAGCUUUCUCAUGCUGUCUCUCAACCCCCCUCGCGGAGUGUUGCUUCCUCUAUGCCUUUGCUGGAGACAGCCAACUUACCCCAGCCAUUCGCAUCGUCACUCCCCUUCCCAAAUGAAAGCACCGAUCUUCUAUAUGAGUACUUCCCCUUGGGACUGGAUGACUGGCAAGCUCCCGUCGACGCUGUCUAUCGGCCGCACGUGGUGCAUCAUACCAACAUGCCCGAGAUGAAAUUCGUGGCCUCCAGAGGCCGCAGCAAAAGAUACUUUGCUGCCGAAGAUGUGUUCUAA